AUGCAGGCGAUCAUCACCACCGCGACGUCGCUGGGGGGCGAGGCGCGGGAGCAGCGGGAGGUGAAGCCCGCCGCUGCCCCCGCCCCCGACUGGGCCACCAUGUACACGCGCAAGCCCGCCGGCACCAGCACCCUCUUCACCCUGGAGGCCCUGGUGGCAAAGCGCAUGGAGCUGCUUGCCUGGAUCGACCAGGUGAUGAACUCGCCGAACGUGAAGAGCUUUAGUGUUGUUCUUGACGAAAUCGGGGCGCGGCUUCCACUCGAGCGUCGCAAGCAGGUUGUGCAGCAGGCCGCCGACCACGUGGUGCUGGGUCGCGACGACACCCCCGCCGCAGACGAUGCCGACCGCUCGCGCACCCCGCGGCGUUCGGUUUCACGCUCCGGCUCGUCUGGCCUGAACGCCGUCGUGUUUGAGGGGGACGAGGACCUGCUUUCUCACCUGCUCUCACGUUUUGCGUUCUGCAUGAGCGAGCAAUGGCGCAAGUGGUUCGUGAAGACGGAGGAGGCCCUCCUUCGGGCGCGACUCAAACUGCAGGUGGCAAAGUGUGAGGCGGAUUUUUUGCCUCGUCUGAUGCGCGACAACGGCCUUCCGUGCUACCCGCUCUCUGACAAGCAGUGGCAGGACCCACGAUUGCAGGAGUACAUUGUGUACUUUGCGGCGUCGCAGGGAAAACUGCAUUCCCGCGGUCGCGAGGAAUACUUUUCUGUUCCACUAACCCUAGCCACACGUCUUAUAAAGACUCGUAGCGUUCUCUGCCUUUGGGGGCAAGCCAUUCUGCACAGGGAUCAGGCUCAGGAGGUGUUUCUAACGAUAUUUCGGUCUAAGCUAAAUAGAGGCCUGCAUGAAGCGUACCUGGCGCGGAUGAAGUUGACCUCCAGUGAGGACGAUGAAGAGCGCGAAACGGUCAUGCGAAUGCUGGAUGCCUUCUUGGAACAUUUUGUAGCGGAUCCCACGUCUGCGAUGCAGGAAGCGUCGUCGGGCGCCGUGGGCGCAGGCGAUGUUCGCCGGCUCGCCCAAACACACUUUCCCUUAUGUAUGCGUCAAGUAGACGAGCACCUUCGUCGCGAGGGGCACCUAAAGCAUCAUGGACGGUUCACGUAUGGUCUUUUCUUAAAGGCAAUUGGUCUUUCCUUGCAGGAUUCCAUUACGUUGUUUUCCUCCUUGAUGACGAUUAAAGGCACGGCUGGCAAUACAGAGGCGUUUACCAAGACAGCGUACGGGUACGGCCUCCGCCACAUCUACGGGAUGGAAGGCAAGAAGACGAGCUACACUUCUAUGUCGUGUGCGACGCUGCUGGCUCUUCCUCCCGUGGUGGAUCGGUUUGACUGUCACGGCUGUCCGUUUCGCUUCAAGGACGAGGGUGCCUUCCGUUCAAUGCUGCUGAAGGAGCAAGCAAACCCGCUUGGAAAGGAGCGCCCUUCGUUGCGACCCUCCGCAAGCGAUAUUGAGGACAUUGUGCAGGAUUGCAAAGGACAACACUACACACGCGCCUGCUACAAAUAUUUUGUGGCCACCCACCCUGGCGUGAAGCGUGACACUCUCUUUCGCUCCCCGUUCGAGUACUACACGCUGAGCCGGGAGGUGGGGGAAAAAGCGGAGGAGCUUCUGAGUGAGCAGACAACACCGGCGCGGCGUCUCAUGAGCGGCGACAGCCUCAAACGCUCGCUCUUCACACCCACCCUGAGAGAAGACGUCACCCGGGAGCGCACCUCCCCACAGUGA